CUGAAAAUAGCGGACUACUCAUUAAUACCUGUACGUGUGGUUCGCGUGCUCAUAUAGCCUUGCGAAGGACGUGGCAAGCUGUAUCUUUGUUGCACUGUAGAGAGCAUGGCACACCGGAGACAGCCUGAUGUCGAUAUUCCUCUGCAGGCUGACGAAGUAAGCGAAAUAUUUGCCCUUGCGCCUUUUCCGCACUACUUAGAGUCGUUGAUUCGAAAUUCAGGGUAUGUCAGAUGCAGACUCUGCGUUCGCAUCGAUAGAUGGUGCUAAUAGCACUUCGAUCUCCUCAUCGGUUCUCAACUACAAAUACGAGAAUGGCCGUCGAUACCAUGCCUAUCGAGAAGGCGCAUAUCUCUUACCGAACGACGAUACGGAACAGAACCGACUUGAUCUCGGUCACCAUAUUUGUCGCCUAGUGCUUGGUGGAUAUCUAUAUCGUGCGCCGAUUACACAAACCCCACGGCGCGUCCUUGAUAUUGGUACGGGAACAGGUAUCUGGGCCAUCGACAUGGCCGAUGAAUUUCCCAACGCGUUGAUCAUUGGAACCGAUCUCAGUCCCAUACAGCCAACUUGGGUACCUCCAAACUGCAGAUUUUACGUUGAUGAUGUGGAGAGUGACUGGACCUUUCCCCCCGAUGAGAAAUUCGACUUCAUCCAUGGCCGCGGAAUGGCAGGAGGCAUUGGAGAUUGGUCGCGUCUUUAUCGACAGGCAUACGAGCAUCUCGUCCCCGGGGGAUGGAUAGAGAUGCAAGAAUACGAAUCGGAAGCUCACUCAGAUGAUGGGACGUUGGAGACAACUCAAUUCAUUCGGAACUGGCAAAAUAUGAUCAAUGAUGCUAGCGAACGAGUUGGGAAGAAUUUCAAUGAGGCGCCGUCCCAGAGGCAAAGGUUGAUCGAUGCGGGUUUUGUUGAUGUAAGGGAUGACAUUUACAAGGUGCCACUUGGCCUCUGGCCCAAAGACAUCAAACUGAAAGAGAUCGGCCAAUACAACCUCCUAUGUAUGCUGGAAGCUGUCGAACCUUAUACUCUCGCGGUAGCUACGCGAGUGAUGAAAAUGCCUGCUGAAGAGGUGCAACACUUGAUCGCAGGAGUCAAAGCCGAAUUCCAGAGCAGGAAGCAUCACCUGUACUCCAAAUUUCACUUUGUCUAUGGAAGGAAGCCGCUAUGACGAGAUAUAUCUCAACUUGCAUGGGAAAUGGUUACGGAGUUCGAGCGAACAUAGACAUGCCUUCUAAUGUUAAUUUACGAUACGAUUAACGAUUCUUUUCUACAAUUUGUGGUUUUAAGUUCGACAAAAUCUCGGAUUUCUUUCGUCACACAACAUGCAAAAAUAGAAUAUUCGAUCGAUCAUCUGGUAUUUGCGAAUCAAGAAAGGAUAUAAAUGGCCACAUGGAGAGCACAGUACUAUUUUUUUAAUGUAUUAAUUUCUUCUUUUCCGUAAGACUCCUGAAAUUGGCCAAAGCUAGGACAUAUCCAGUCCUGAGAUUACUGUCUGCAACGAGCACGUACAAUAAACUGCAGAAAGAUCAUACAUAGUAAUAGAGCACUUUGAUCAUAUUGCGAUGCACAAGGGUAAAAAACAGAAACAAGCUAGGCACCAGAC